UUCUAACAUUUCUCUCAUCAGUUUCCAACACGCGAGUCUACAUCAAACAGUAAUAUCUGGAGAAGUACAGACUGAAACCGCACUGUGAAAAGUAGCUGUCACAACCCGACGCCAUGAAUUGCGUGCUGGCAGCUGCACUGCGCAGAGGAUGUUUGCUGACUCGACGGCGACCUCUUUUGGUGCCAGACUCCAGAGUGACGCUGCCGUCCUGUCCUCAGUCCACCGACCAGCCCAUCGCUGCUGCCCGCCUGCCCUUCAGGGUCAAAGUGUCAGCCGGGAAACGCUACGCCUGGUGUGCAUGUGGACACAGCAAUAAACAGCCUUUCUGCGACGGGGCUCACAGGACAAAGGCCCCAAGCAUUUCUCCACUGCGCUUCACCCCAGACAAAGACCAGAAAGUUCUGCUCUGUGCCUGCAAGCAAACCAGAAACGGCCCCUACUGCGACGGCUCCCACUUAAAAGUCAUCGUCCGAGACAUUGUCAAGUCUGUAAAAAGUGUCUUUAAAUGAGGGCCUUUAUAUAAGAUCAAGAGGAGAAAAGAACGGUCUUCCGGAGACGUUCUUUGAAACUGUAAUCAAAUGUGCCUUUUGCCCGUCUUUUCUAUGCAUGUGCCAAACAUUCUAAUGAUGCUUUUGAAUAAAAUGGUGUAUAAUAAAAUCUGAUCUCUAGAUCUG